GUAUAAUAAGCGAUCAGUUGGUAAUGUAAACAAGAGGUGGCGAGGUGGAGGCUUUCACCGCCCUCACUCUUAUAUUUGACUCUUGUUGAGCUCUUAGGCACUUUGUUGGAGGUUUAAUGACUUGUAAUAAGUGAUGGUUUAUGCUAUAACAAGAAGUGGGAGAGAGAGAAAUUUUUAGUAUCAUGUGUGUAUACUAGUAGAACAUCUCUCAUGGCACUUAGCCUACGUCACCAUAGUAUCUUAGAGCAAGUUGUUCCUAACUUUUAUUGCUGCAUGUCAAAUUGGUUUCUCUAUGGGUAUGCUAGCUGAUAAGCUGGAGGGUCUCUCACAUCAACUCCUGUAAACUUGGAUUUAUAUGAAGACUCAAGUUUUCUUUUGUGGCCAAAAGAUCUUGAGGGACUUAUCACUGAGUAUAAAAAAAAUUGGUAACCAGUGUAGUGCAGCUAUAAGUGCCAUGACCUUCAAGUCAUUCCAAUAGAUGAAUGAUUUUCUGUGGCUGCAAACCCGAGAAUAAACACUUGGGCUCUCCAAGUGGAUAUGAAGCGCAACACUUAGGUGCAAGCAUGUCUGGUCGUCACCUAAGCUCGGAGGACCGACGGGAGCUGGCCCGCCUCACCAAAAUCUUGACCCAGAAGAUCGUACAAGUGGUUGUUCAGAGCAGACUUGGAGAGAAGGCCUUCACUAAGUCCAAGACACCAGCACAAGGAUCAGAGUGGUUCAACUUGGGUAUUGAGGACAUACAUGAGAUCCAGCAGGAGACAAAGAGAGGACUGGGAGGACAUCUGCCGGAUGUUGGAAAGCCCCUGGUGGUGGAGAUCCUUCUCCGAACACCUGAAUCGGACAGCCUAGUCCUGGAAUUCUGGACUCUCACAAUUCUGGAUGCUUGUGACUCUUCACCUUCCAGGAUAAACCCAACUAUUUACAACAGAAUGACAGUGUUACUGAAGUCGCUUCUGGCGGUGACUCGCAUCACUCCUGCAUAUAAACUGGCCUUCAGACAGGGGCCCGACUCCUUCAUCAUCUGUUACCGUGUGUACCUCGGUGACCCAAACUACGAAUGUCUCGGCGAAAACCCCAUCCAGGCCCGUCUCGGCCAAGUGACGACCCCAGAGUCUACGCUGCUCUUGUGUGUGAGUUACCGAACCCAGAUUACCAUUGCUCCCCCGAGCCGCAGCCCGGCGCAUGACGCCAUCAUGCUGAAGAGUGAUCACUUUAAGCCAGAAGUGUCACCGCGGCAUUGUCGUCGUGUUGCUGACAGAGGGAACGACAGCAGCGAGGCCACUCAGGCAUCGGACGACAGCCAGGACGCCGCACGCCUGUUUACUGCUUCUCCUCUGGACCAGCCGUCCACACCCCGCUCCAGAACAAGCAGUGACAGCAGUUGUCGAGGAUAUGCGCAGCAGCAACAGCAGCAACAGCCAGAGAGGAAGGUUUCUGUAGCGUUCGUGGAUGCUAAGCCACCCAAACCAGAUGAUUUUAUCCUGCCAGAUAUUCCAUUUUCUAACCUUCUAACCUCGACUGUUGAAGUGCAGCUUGAGAAGAAAGUGGAGAAGUGUGAAGGGGCAGCUCAUCAACCAUCACACACAACUCAGGACCACAAUGCACAGUUUCAGGAGAGAGGAGGUGCAGUGAGUGGAGCAACGGGUGGCAUACCUCAACACGAAGCUGCGGAGAAGACUCUCAUGACAACCUCUGAUGGUUCACACAAGUCCACUACUUCAGCACACCUCAAGGAAGAAGCUGAUUUUGUUAUGGUUGAGCUGAAAACGCCAUUUGCCGGGACAUACGACACUGGCAAUGACCUGGGAGCGUUCUACCGGGAAUGUCAGAGUGCCCCUCCUCUCCGAAUGUUUGCCGACACACCCGAAGACGAGAUCAGCGACUUGACCGAGCAGCUCUUGACCUUUGAGGCCAAUAUGGAUGAAUAUAAUGAAUUAGUCAAAUCGCUUCAUUCUGAGAAUAGUCCUAAUAACUCAGAUUAAAGUAGGCAUGAGUGUUCAGUUUAUCUUCUGUGUAAGUGGAGUGUAAAUAGUCAUGGCAAUUAAAUCUUAAGUGUUUUAAAAUUUAAAGUAAUUAAUAUAAAAUUUUUCAAUAAGAAAACCUACUGAUCUGUGUGGCUAGUAAUAUCACUUUGCUAUUAAAUUUUUUUUAGGCUGAGGAAAAAAAUGAUGAAAAUAUGUUCAUUGAACUUUUUUAAAUGGGAAUCUUAGAUGGGACCUCUUGCAGCGUCCAAAUAAAUUUCAUCAUGGG